AUGGCCGGAACUCUAGAGCAGCUCGAUCAGACCAUCGGGGAGGUACUCGCAGGCUGGAACUUCGUCAGCACCCUCAUCGCCUUCACCAUCGUCGGCUUCCUGGCCUGGGUCAUCUACGACAGCGCCGAUGCCGACACACACCCGCUGCUGCUCGCAAGGCAGGCGGUAGCUUCGUAUGUCAGGCAGCCGGGAGAGUCUGCUGUCUUUCGCUCCCCCGAAACUCCUCAUGGCUAUCCUCUCCGUACCGGUCUUGCCGUACGACCCCCGGGCGCUCCCAUGUACUCGGCCGGCAAAGAUGGGGAUCUUCGCGAUAUCUGGCGACGUGUUACGGGCGAGAUCCCUCUCGAGAAGGGCGCAAAGUCUAGCGGCACUGCAAACAUCAUGACAGUCUUUGGAAAGGAAGGCGUCACUGAGCACAAAGUGGAAGAUGUUACCAAGGAGAUUGCUAUUCUCGGAAAGCAUCUACAGGAUCGCGGUGCUAAGAGAGUGGCCAUCUACCUCCCCAACAGUCUCGAGUUCCUCUCUGCACUCUUUGCGGGUGCCUUCUUCGACUUUACGCCUAUCUUGAUCCCAUACAACCAGCCACACGAGACCCUUGCCGAACUCCUUCUUCAAACGAAAGCUGAUGCCCUCAUCGCCGAGGCAGGCUCUGUGCCUCUUGCCGAACUCAGUCAGGGCGUGUCCGGCCUGCGCUCCAUCGUCUGGACUGUAGAGAAGACAAGCAGGCACAUGGACUGGAGCGAGGUACCCGAAGGCAUCGGCGGAAAGAUCGAUGUUGCUGUUUGGCACGAGCUUGUACAGGAACAGAAGAAUGCCACUAUACCACUGCCGUCGAAUCCCGGCAAGCCUCGGAACGUUGUCUUCCUCUGGCAAGAAGCCGUUGGAAAGCCGGCAGAGGUUGUCGAAUUCACGCAACAGAAUCUGACUGCCGCCGUUGGUGCACUUGUCACGUCCCUCCCUGCCGCCCACCGUCUCAAUGCCUCGGAUACGUUCCUUCCCGCAGACGCCUUUACACAUUCCUACUGUCUGUGCCUGACGCUGGUUGCUCUGUUUUCUCACGCGACAGUCGUCAUCCAGUCCGUUGCCGGUCCGGGUGUCGAUUUGGAACUCGCUACACGCUCCAUCGCCCCUACCGUCACCGUCGUCUCGGCCGAAACAGCUGCGAAGCUUCACAACACCACCAAGACUUCAGUAACCGGUGGCCCCCAGAAGUUGGCACAUUACCUCGAGACGCGCAUGUUGACUGCUGGCCGCCUGCCUACCGACAAUCUCCUCACAAAGCUCAAUGCGCCCAAGAGGGCGGCUGUCGGCACAACACCUGGAAAGCUGCGCUUGGUCUUUGUGUCUGAACGACAAGGCCUGAACACGCCACCACUUAGCUCGGAGGACCUCUCCGAUCUACGUAUCUUCACCAAAGCGCGUGUCGUAUACGCUUUGACCACAGCCAAGGUAGCGGGAGCCGUUGCGCAAACCAACAUCUAUGACUACCGGAGGGAGACAGCAUCGAACAAGCACAGCCACUUCGGUGUGCCCCUCAGCUGCGUGGAGAUCAAGUUGAAAGAUACACCACAUCUCAAGACAACAGACGAGCAGACCGCAGGCGAGCUAGUCGUCACUGGCUCAUCGGUUGUGGGUGGUGAGGUCCACCUAGGCGUGAAUGCGACCAUCCGAGAGGACCAUACUUUGGCCCCUUCCACGUUCUUGGUGGCUGGCACUGUAGGCUUCAGGAUGCCGUUGAUCGAGAAGCCGCAUUGGACGCUCAGGGUUGAGCAACCCAAGAGCACGUUUGCGGAAGGCAAUGCGCGAUGGACGAACAAAGAUCUUGACCCUGUUCCGAGGCAUGGUAGGAAGUGGGGUGUGACGAGCUUCAUCUCGUAUUGGGUGUCGGAUGCAUUCAACGCCGCAACAUGGCAAUUCGCAUCCAGCAUCAUCGCAAUCGGCCUCACAUGGCGCGAAUCUCUCGGCAUAGUCGCCCUGGCCUUCUUCAUAAUCUCCUUCGUCAUCGCCCUAAACGGUGCAAUCGGCGUCCUCCACCACGUCCCCUUCCCCGUCAUCGCCCGCGCCUCCUGGGGUUUCUGGGGCUCCUACAUCGCCAUCGUCUCGCGCGCCAUCCUCGCCAUCUUCUGGUUCGCCAUCCAAAACAUGAACGGCGCGAAUUCCGUGCGCGUCAUGAUCGGCGCCAUCUGGCCCUCUUUCCUCACACUGGAAAACGGUAUCCCUGAGAGCCAAGGCAUCGAUACAGCGACCAUGAUCAGUUUCUUCAUCUUCUGGCUCGGCAGCGUGCCGUUCUUGGUUAUGCAUCCUAAUGAGUUGAGGUGGCUGUUCAUGGCUAAGAGUAUCAUUGUGCCGAUUGCGUGGAUUGCGAUUCUCAUCUGGGCGUUUGUGAGUACGGAUGGGGGAGGUGAGAUGUGGAAUCAGAAGGCUACGUUGACGGGGAGUGCGUAUUCGUGGGGGUUCUUGUCGAGUUUGACGAGUGUUAUUGGGAAUUAUGCUACCUUGUCUGUGAAUCAGUCCGACUUCUCCCGCUACUCCCGCGUCUCCGUAAAAUGGCAAUGCAUAUACGUGCCCUUCCUCCCCAUAGUCUUCACCUUCAUCGCCUUCAUCGGCGUAGCCGCCACCUCGGCCGGCGCCGUCAAAUACGGCACUCUAGACUGGGACCCCAUGGCCCUCAUCGCCCACUGGGACAACCGCGCCGCCCGUUUCUUCGCCGCCUUCUCCUUCGCCCUCGCCGCCCUCGGCGUCAACAUCUCCGCCAACUCGCUCUCCGCUGCCAACGACCUCACCGCCCUGUUUCCCCGCUACGUCAACAUCCGCCGCGGCCAGCUCCUCUGCGCGGUCCUCUGCUGGGCGCUUGUUCCCUGGAAGAUUCUCGCGUCCGCGGGUAGUUUCCUGAAUUUCAUGGCUGCUUAUGCGAUUUUCCUGGGUCCGAUUGCGGCGAUUAUGGUUGUCGACUUUUGGGUCGUGCAUCGUGGGAAGUAUGAUACGCUGGCUCUGUACCAAUAUCAUGGUAUCUACAAGUACACCGCCGGUUGCAACUGGCGCGCUAUUGUCGCUUUUCUCGUUGGCGUUGCGCCGAAUAUGCCGGGGUUCAUUCAGUCUAUCAAUCCGGCUAUUGAUGCUGGUGUGGGUGCUAGGCCGUAUAGCUUUGGUUGGUUACUAGGAUUUACGGCGACGGCGCUGGUGUAUGGGGUGUUGGAGAUGGUUGUUGCGCCGCCGAAGGAGACGUUUAUCGAUAGGGCGGUGUAUCCGGAUGAGAUUUACGAUGAAGCCGGUGUGGUGGAUGAGGGGAUUAGUGUGGGGAGUGGAGAGCAAGGGAGCGCGGAGAAGACGGGGUGGAAGGCGAAGAUGACGAGGAUGUUGUAG